CAAACAUCACUGUCAAAGAUCCUCAAAUUUUAACGCUUAUGAAAAUUAAGUUUUUAGAUCCUGUUUGUGUUAUUUCGCGGCUCAAUAGUAGGUUUAACGGAAAUUUACUAUUCAACCGAAAAUUCGGAACCGCCUCUAGUGCUGUGACCACGAAAGCAGGUGUUAUAAUGUCGAACCCUCAAAGUCCCUCGAAACCGAGCAGUGAUUUACCCUGUCCUGAAAUAGUGGUGAAACUGACUCGUUUAAGUCCUAAAGACGACAAGAAGCAUACAAGGGGUAAAACAGACCAGAUUUCGACACAUGUAAAAGCGAAAAAAAUUAAAUUCGACCCCCAUACCCCAAAAGCCAGCGUGGAGCUUGCCCUGGAGCUAAAGCAGGUGAUUAACGAAAGGAACAUUCUGACUUCGAAGACGCGAAAAAGAGUGUUUGAUUGUCUGGAUGAAAUCAAGUCCAAUAGCGAAACAGAACGAAGGGACUUCAAACGGGAGAAGGCCCUUUUGGAGAUUGUGAACAGUGAAAUCAAAUACGUAAAACAGCUGGAAACGAUCAUAGAAUUUUUCAUGGUGCCAGUGCAAGAUAAAGUGCUGCUUAAGCAAGACGACUAUGAGAUUUUAUUUGGCAAUAUCCGAACCAUUUAUAACAUUAACAAGGAGCUGCUAGAGCAGCUAGACCAAGGAUUCGACCAUAUUCCCCAGGCAUUUAACAAAAUUGCCCCAUUUCUCAAACUCUAUUCUGUAUAUGCCUAUGGAUUUAAAAACCAACUGAAAAUAUUACAGAAUGCCAGAAGUUGUAAUCCGGCGUUUGCAAAAUUCAUCGAAAACCAAGAAACACGCCCGGAAGUACAGAUCAAACUAUCGGCCCUCUUAAUAACUCCCAUUCAAAGAGUGCCACGUUACAAGUUGCUCUUGAAUCAACUGCUUGCACUCACCACUCCCGAAGAUAAACACUUUGCGCUUUUAAAAGCUUUUGCAGAUUGCAUGCGAAAGAUUGAAGAUGCAGCGUCCCACAUCAAUAAAGUGAUUGAAGAACAGGAAAACGCUCAAAGACUUUUGGAGUUGCAAAGAUAUUUGAGGAGCGGUGAACUAAACAUAGUCACACCAGGGAGAACGUUGAAGAAAGAAGGCAUCCUGCAUAAAAUGUCCACAAAGCAAAACACGCACAGCGAGAAACUCUACGUGGUUCUAAUGAGCGACAUUAUAAUGUUCAAUAAAAUGAAGAAGGAACAUUUGUCGAUCGGCUCAUUGAAAGUGACUUCCAUAUUUCCUCUCAACAAGUCGAAAGUGACCGAGAUUCUAGAUAAGGGAUGUUUGAAGAUCAGCUGCCAAGAGGAGGAGUUGAUUCUAUACCAUGACCAGCUGAGUGAAACCACGGCCUGGAUAAGCAGCAUCAACCAGGCGAUUCAAUGCCACUUGGAGGACCGGAAGUCUUUGAGGAAAGAAAGCUCAAACAGGCGAGCAGUGAAGCGGAAAGACAUCAAUGAAUAUCACGAAGUAGGACUGAGUCCAGGGCAUCCUCUGAAGAAAAGAAAACUGGCUCCCGAUGAACCAGCCACGGUAACAUCGAAGUUACCAUUGAGAAUCGCCGCAAGAAAGUCAAUUCGUUCUGCAUGCAAUUCCACCCCCAUAAAGCUGCAGAGUAAUCCUGAAACUGCUCAUGAAGACGCAUCGUGCUUUCCUUCGAUGGAAAUCAGUCAUUUUUCCAUCGACAGCAACUGGAAAGUUAAUACAGAAAAACAGCAACUUGAUACUUUGACGAAUUCCGACACGACAAUCACGGGUUGCCAGUACAGCGAAUUGAAGCCAAGGAGGGAUCUGUUUGUGUUUGGUCGCAAGGAGCAGGACCAAAACGUCAGUAAAAUGGGAAGUUUUUUCAAAAGUGUCGGCUCGGGCAUUAAAGGAUUUUUCGGAUUCAAGUCGUAAGCUAAGCUAGGCGUAAGUUUAAUUUUAGAAAUGUUUUUUAAUUUAUUGAUUAUGAGUUAGACUUAACACUAUGUUAGGUUUAGGCAAUGUGAGCAAAAAUGGUUUUCAAAACCGCUUAUGUAAAAUC